AUGACUCUGGCAGCAUAUAGAGACAAGGUCAAAGAGCUCCCCCUAGUGUCACUACUUUGUUCCUGCCUGCAAACAGAGGCUACGGAGAAACCCACGUACAAGGCAGAAGAUGCUGUGGAUCUCAACUGGUGCGUGAUUAAGGAUGUGGAGGUUAAAGAGCUGAAUAAACGGGCAUCUGGGCAGGCUUUUGAGGUCAUCCUUAAACCACCCUCUUUUGAUGGAGUGCCUGAACUAAACAGCACCAUGCCCCAGAGAAAGGACCCAUCUCUGGAGGAGAUACAGAAGAAGCUGGAAGCUGCUGAGGAGAGAAGGAAGUUCCAGGAGGCGGAACUGCUCAAGCACCUGGCUGAGAAAAGGGAGCAUGAGAGAGAGGUCAUCCAAAAGGCCUUUGAGGAGAACAACAACUUCAUCAAGAUGGCUAAAGAAAAACUGGAGCAGAAAAUGGAGGCCAACAAAGAAAACCGAGAGGCUUUGCUGGCAGCCAUGCUGGAGAGGCUUCAGGAGAAGGACAAACACGCAGAAGAGGUAAGAAAGAACAAGGAACUUAAAGAGGAGGCUUGCCGAUAG